CCGCUGAAAGGAGACCGCACAUUAAUAAGGCCUACUUACCGGUAUAUUUAUACAUUUACCCCGCUUUAAACAUUCAAAUGUUGGUUUAAAUCUGUUCAUGUAAAGUCUGUGGGUUAAACCCGGGUUAUCUUGUCUGUUCUAACCCGAGUUAAAAGAGGCCAGUGAGAGAGAUGACGAGACCGAAGUACUUCACCCCGGCGGAGGUGGCCGAGCACAACACCGCGGCCGACCUGUGGGUCUCGUUCCUGGGCAAAGUGUGCGACCUGACCCCGCUCAUGGAGCAGCACAAAGGCGACGCUCUGCUGUUACCCAUCAUGGAGUGCGCGGGAAAGGACAUCAGCCGCUGGUUCGACCCCGUAACCAAAGACGUGCUGCAGUACGUGGACCCCGUGACCAGCUGUGUGAGGUACUACACCCCCAGGGGGCGCUUCGUGCACGUCCCCCCCGCCGGCCCUCGCUCUGACUGGGCCACCGACGUGGGCCGGCCCUGGUGGAGGGACCAGCGCUACGAGGUGGGACAGCUGUCCUCCAAGACACGCUGGAUACGGGUCAUCAACACACUGACGUCACAGGAGCAGAGGCUGCAGGUGUGUUCUGAGGAGACUGUGGCAGAGAUCCGUCAGCGUUACCUGGGUUACAACGCUCACGCCCACAGCUACACCUGGAAACACGCCGGGGCCCAGCUGGACAUGAGCCGCACGCUCAGCGACAACAACGUCGCCGACGACGACCACGAGCUGCAACAGCUGCGCCUGGACCGGGACGCCUUCACCCCCGCCCUGCUGCUGCACUACAACGAUGACCUCACCGACGGCUGAUGAUGUCACACUCACACUGACCUCAAAGACAUUAAAGGGCCAGAGACACGU